UCUUACCUUCACUUCAGUGCAACUGAACUUAGAAGAGCAUAUACACCUUUUUAAUUUCACACAAACUUUAUUUUAUCUCGACAACAUCAAUCUCUGCAAGAUGUUUCGCAGGAGAAACAAGAAAAAACAUAGAACUAAUGUAGAGGAGGACCAUAAACAACAAUCUGUGGUCCCCAACGCCUCUGCCACCUCUACCACCUCUGCCACCACAGUCCCAGCACUGACAGAGACGCCCCAAGAAAAACCUAAGAAGCUUUUCUGGUGGCGUCGUAAGAAGAAGACCAAACGUCAGACUCCUGUGGCAGAGGAUGUGGCAGGAGCAACAACUGUCCCCACAGACAAGGAGUGUGAGGGUGAAGCUGGAGUCCAUGAGGCCUCACCCUCCCCUGUCACUACAGUGUCUGUGGACAAAGACCUGGCAGAAGAUAAAAACGAGUCAUCUUCUGCCACAGAAAAGAAUAUUAGCACCGUCCAGGAGGAGACCAAGGAGGAGAGCGCUGUCCAGGAGGACACCAAGGAGGAAACCGUAGUCCAGGAGGAGCACCGAGGAAGAGAGCGCCAUCCAGGAGGACACCAAGGAUGAGAGCACCAUCCAGGAGGACACCAAGGAUGAGAGCACCAUCCAGGAGGACACCAAGGAUGAGAGCACCAUUCAGGAGGACACCAAGGAUGAGAGCACCAUUCAGGAGGACACCAAGGAUGAGAGUGCCGUCCAGGAGGAGACAAAGGAGGAGAGCCAUUGUCCAGGAGGAGACUCCAAUCACCCCUGACGAAGAAGAAACGAGCCUUCCACCUUCUGCCACAGACAAGAGCACCAUCAAGGAGACCAAAGGUGGUGAAGCUCAGCAGGAAGCUUCACCCACCACAGAUGCUCCAGUCUCAGCUGGAUCGGAGACUGGAAAGAAGACCAAGAAGAAGGGGAAGUCUUGGUGGCGUCGGCUGUUCUUCUUACGCCGAAAGAAAAAGGUGGAGUCUCCAACUGAGGAAGAGGAAGGAGCUAAGAACAGCCCUCCAAACAGCGAGUCAAAGAAAAAAGACUGUGAUGACAACAGCAGCAACAAACAGCUGAAAGCUGCUGUUAACAACACUGGCCCUGACAGAAAGCAGUCGACUCCAACAGGCCAUGGUGGGAGCGUACAGGAAGAAACCACCAGCCCCGGCCUGUGGACAAAAAUAUCCAGACCCUAUAGGAACACUGCAUCCAGUAGGAGAACCCUCUCAAGAGAGGAGCUGGACUGCCUUGGGUUGCCCAACCUGGCACAGACCUGCUACAUGAACUCCACCCUACAAGGCCUCCUGACAUUGACUGGUUUCGUUCAGGAGGUCCACAGACAGGAGAGGGUGUGGAGUUCAAACAAGAACGCUAAAAUUUUGAGAGGGUUUGUGGACGUGGGAGCCUGCCAAUUCUCUAACAUCAAGGCAGUGAAGAAACAGGUCCUGAAGACUUUCAAACGCACAAUUUCUGACUCAAACUCAGAAUUUGCCGACAACAGUCAGAAAGACGCCCAUGAGUUUCUCAGCUGUGUGCUGGACAUGCUGAGGUCCCUUGCGUUUGACCUUCAGACAGCAGCGGUCGACAUGGGCAUCAGUUACACCUGCCCUGUCGGUGCUCAUAUCGCCUUCCAGAUGCUGAGCACAAGGACCUGCAGAGGAUGCGGUAUCCAGUCCACAAGGGCGGAGGACUACAUCAACCUCUCCCUGGAUAUGCUGCCUGGACGCACAGUGGACAAGCUCCUGCAGGAGUACCUGAAAGAGGACCAGCUAGAGUACAGGUGCCAGUGUGGGACUGAGGAUUCAGCACAGCGCUACUCAUUCCUGACCCUGCCAAACGUGCUGAUCCUCCAGCUCAAAAGAUUCAGGUUCACCAGCUCCUUCAGCCUGGAGAAGGUUAACAAGCCUGUGGAUCUGACACGGGAGCUGUUAGUGGAUCUGGAUCCCACCUGCACCACACAGACAAAGACUCGCUACUCUCUGGUGAGCAUCGUCAGCCAUUUGGGCCACACAGCUCACUCUGGCCAUUACAUCUGCGACGGUGUUCACAGAGAGACAUCCGGAGAUGUGACAGACCGUUGGCUGACCUACAACGACAAGCACGUCAGUGAGACGACGGGCACCGCUGCCUGUCGCCAGCGGCAGAGGACGGCCUACCUGCUGUUUUAUGAGAAACAGUAGCUUACCCCCCCAAUCUCCUAACCCCGGACCCUGGAACCAGCGAACCCCAAACCCUUGGAGUCCCCCCUCCCCUCUUCUCCCCCCUUUCUCUCUCUCUCUCUCUCUCUCUCUCUCUCUCUCUCUCUCCCCAACCGGUUGAGGCAGACAACCACCCACCCUGAGUCCGGUUCUGCUCGAGGUUUCUGCCUAUUAAAAGGGCAGUUUUUCCUCGCCACUGUUGCCUAGUGCUUGCUCAGGGUGGGAAUUGUUGGGUCUCUCUCUCUCUCUCUCUCUCUCUCUCUCUUUCUAAGUAAUAAUAAAAUAAAGAGUACGGUUAAAAAAAUGCCUUGAGAUAACUUUUGUUCUGAUA